GCGCGCAAAGAUGGCGGCGGGGCGCGCGGACGUCGCGCUCAAGCGGAGUCUAUAAGUUGAGCUUUAUGGCGGCGAUCUAAGACACUAAAACGCCUUUCAGUGACGGCUUAUGAAACGUUUCUACGACGCGGUGCUGGUUGACUUCUCAGGAGCGAUCUGAGGUCCCUCCCGGCUGGUGGUUCCGUGGAUUCUGAGGUUGUGGUCAGUCAGGAUGGCCACAGGUGGGGCUUCGUUCGAUGAACGUGUUGAUGAAAAUGAUCUGGCGGGGUGGACAGUCAAUGGGACCUUGGAGGAUCGACUGAACAACAGGGACUGGGGUGUGCAACAGCAGAAGGCCAAUCGGUCCUCUGAGAAGAACAAGAAGAAAGUGGGUGAGGCAGCUGAGAGCCGAUUGACCAAUGGCAUCUCCCCAGAGUCCACACCAGGGACCGGGCGGAGACGUGCACGCACCCCACACUCUUAUGGGACGCAGAUGUCUGUGCCAGAGCAGGCAGAGCUGGAGAGGCUGAGGCAGAGGAUCAAUUUCACAGAUCUGGACCAGCGAAGCAUUGGGAGUGAUUCUCAAGGCCGUGUAACUGCAGCCAACAACCAGAGGCAGCUAGCUGAAAACAAGAAGGCCUUCAACUUCCUGCCACUGCGUGUCAACACUAACAACAGCAAGCAGCCUCCCCCAGUCGCUGCCUCGCCUAGCAAAGAAGUGCCCAGCCGCCCUGAACGGGGGUCACCUGCUGUGGCUGAUGGAAACGGAGACACUGGGAUUGACAGCAGUCAGAUUGUUAGCAAACUUGUUCAGAUCCGGGAAUAUAUUGGCAAAGCCAGCACCAUGCGUGACGACCUGGUGGAGAAGAGUGACGUGCCGGCCAAUGUCGAGCGCUUGUCCCACCUCAUUGAUCAUCUGAAGCAGCAGGAGAAAUCCUACCUGCGGUUUCUACAGAAGAUGCUGGCCAGGGAGGACGAGGAAGAUGACCUUCGUGCUCUAGAUUCGCCAGCUGGUUCCAGCUUGGCAGCCGAAGGCACAUCUCUGAAUGUCCAGUUCCCGUCUGAGGGCAGCCGCUCUGCCUCCCGGGACACUCGUAGUGCUGCGGCAAAGGAGGACCUGGAGAACCUGCACAAGCAGCAGGACCUGCUGAAAAAGAUGCUGGAACAGCAGGAGCAGCUGAGGGCCCUGCAGGGGAGACAGGUUGCGCUGUUAGCCAUGCAGCACAAAGCACCGCAGGCAUCUGCUGCUGAUGACACUAUUAUAACAGAAACAACAGGAAGUGUGUCUGGCCUGAGCAUCACUUCAGAGCUGAAUGAUGAGCUGAAUGACUUGAUUCAGCGCUUCCACAAUCAGCUUCAUGACACACAGACUAAAACUGUUCCAGACAACCGGAGGCAAGCUGAAAGCUUGUCUCUCUCCUGGGAGGCCUCCAGGGGCCGGACCCCAUCCACAGUCACCACUGCAGCAGCCAGUUCUAAGCGUGCCACGUUGAAGGAGCUCCAGGACAAGAAGGAGACCAUGGACAAGAUUCUUCAGGAGCUGCAUGCACUCAGAGAUCAGACACUGAACAACAGUUCCUGCCGAACUGCACCUAUUCCUUCUCCGCGCAGUGUGGACCACAGAGGUAUUGCGUCCACUGGGUCUGCUGAGCGUUCCUCGGCAUUCGGUAGGGAGUCCAGUGCUCGUGUGACCCCUGCACUGGACCCAAACUCCUACCCUGAAGGCAGUGCCAGCCCAGGUGCCAAACUUCGGAAGCUGAAGGAGGUGCACACACGACUCAAUGAGCUUCGAGAGCUAGUGCAGUACUAUGAGCAGACCUCAGACAUGAUGGUUGACACAGUCAACGAAAACAUCCGGGACGAGGAGGAAGAGAGUGAAGAUGGCUCCAUCUUUGAAACAAUCUUUGACUCCGAGCAGGAAAACCGAGAGCCUGCCACCAACCUGAGAAACCCUAAAUGUAGCAGCAACUGGAUGGAUAUGAAUAGUCUUGCCAGUGCUCGCUGUUCCAACAACCGUGAAGGAAGGCUGAACACGGAAUGUGAGAUCAACAACCGCUCAGCUGCUAAUCUGCGCAGUCUCAAUACCCCCAAAGUGAUAGAAUGCCAGUACAAUCGAGACCGCUCAUACAACGAUGUGAAAGACAAUGAAGAUGAGGAAGAAGAGGGUAUGGAGGAUGAGGAUGAUGUCCGUGAGCAACGGGGAGACAGCGAGGGCUCUGUGUCCAGCCGCAGGAGUAGCCUUGGGGAGGACCCUGAGUUUGUCCAGAAGGUCCACCGCCUUCAGACUGCCAAGGAGAAGCUAAGGCAGCUGCAGGAGCUGGUGGCCAUGGUCCAGAGUGACGACACAGAUGCCACCACAGGUAAUGAAGAAGACAACCCCAAGCAGCGACCCAACAAUGCCAGAAUUCCUGCAUCCAAGUCUCCAAAGGAUGCGUCUGCCCAGGAGGUCUCCAGGGAAAAGCUGUAUGAGGCACGUCUACGUGAGCAGCAACAGGAGCUGAAAAGGCUACAAGAUGAGAGACUGCGGCUCAUGGAGAUCCAAGGCAAGAUCCAGGACCUUCAGUGGGCCUGCCCUGAACUUCAGUCUUCAGUGUCCAGCAUGAGUGAACAGGGUCUGAAUAAGGCCCCAGCUGCUACCUCCACCCCUUCAGUAAACGUUGGUGUCACCCGACCAAAACCAGUGACAGCAGCAUCUGCCCCAGAUAAUGAGCUGUGGUCAGAGAUGCGCCGCCACCAGAUCCAGCGAGAGGAACUGAGGAACCGGCGCAAGCAGCUGGAGUCCCUGAUGGCAGAACACCAGAGGCGGAGCGGCCUGGCGGAUGUAGGAGUCAGUCAACAUGCCUCUCUGUUGCUCAACCGUGAUGAAAGGACAAUGGCCACCUGGGGCGAUUCCACACAGAGCCACCAAAAUGAGGAAGAUGAUAAUCCUUCUGAAAUGGAGGCCAGGGAAGGAGAGGAUGAAGGAGGGGACUAUAGCUCCGGAGAGGACGUGGCCACGUAUCCUGAUCGAAAGGGCCAGCCCUACAGUGCCAGAGCAUCAAGGGGCAGUGGUUUCAAGGCCACAAACCCCUUUUCUGUGGAUGGUGCGGGUCGGUCUUCAUCCCAACCUAGACCUGACUCCAGGACUAAGAUGCGAUCCAAGCGGUCGCAUGACAGUGGUGGCAUGAAGCGCCAGGAAAACCUGCGCUGGGCAUCGGAUCUUUCUUUCACUGAGGGUCGGCGUCACUGGCAGGAGCAGGUAGCCCAGCUCAAGAAGCAACUGGACUUCAGUACCAGCAUGUGUCAGACUCUCAUGCAGGACCAGCAGACGCUUUCCUAUAUGCUGCAGACCCUGCUGUCCAGCCCUUACAGCCUACUGCCCAGCAGUGUGGGUUCCCCUCAGUUACAUUUUGUCAUGCACCAGCUGCACCAAUGCUACACACAGCUGGCAUGGCAGCAGAGCAAUGUGCAGAGGCUCAGACAAGUGCUGGAUCAGCUCAUCCGCCAGCAGCAGUCCCAGUCCUCUGGAGCAGUAUCCCCCAGCCUCUUUGCGCCCUUCGGCUUGCCACCACCACCGCCUCCUCCCAUGAGCACACUGGGUAUGCCUGGAUUCGCCUCCUUCUCCCCCUUGUCCUCUGGUAUGGCCUUUGACCCCAUAUUUACCCCUGCGGUGGGAGAAUUCACCAGGACCCCAGUUCCACAUGGUGGUAGCACCAGUCAGCCACAGCAGACACCAACAGAACACAAUACCUCUGCAAAGACCGAGUAUAUGGGCUUCCCUCAGGCCUUUGACCGGUCUCCUCACAGUGGCGCUGACAGCUGGAGCAGGAAAGAUGGUGAGGCCAGUGGUCCCAGUGGACGUGAAGAGCCAAAAGCGCCUGGCUUCCAGAGUCGUAGGGACUCCUCCGGCCAGAGAAGCAGCCACGUGCCGCAGCAGGCACCCUCCCAGCCGAAGGAGCAAGGGUCCUUGGAGAGCCUGAGCAGUAUGCCGGACCCCACAGACCCCACCACAGUUACAAAGACGUUCCGCACUGGAGGCAAAGCAUCAGCUCAGGCCAGCUUGGCCUCCAGGGAUAAAACUCCAAGCUCUAAGGGCAAGAGGAGGAGGAAUAAGGGGCAUGUCAAGGCACAAGGGGUGGGAAGUGAUGGUGCCUCAAGUGGCACUGAGUCAGUCCAGGUCAGGGCCAAAUCCACCAAGCUCAAGGAACCAGACCAGGGCCUGCUGGACCGGUUGACCCGAGCAAAACUAGAUGGCAAGGCCAGUGUCCACAAGACCAAUGACCUGUCUUCAGCAUGUUCUCCGAGAGCCCCCAUCCACUCUAACAGCUUUGCAUGUGCACCAGAUGCAAGCAGUGACUUCUCGCUCUUUGAGGCCCUGCGGGAGACCAUCUAUUCAGAGGUUGCGACACUCAUCUCACAGAAUGAGUCCCGGCCGCACUUCCUCAUCGAACUUUUCCAUGAACUACAACUGCUGAACACAGACUACCUGCGCCAGAGGGCGCUCUUCUCCCUCCAGGACAUUGUGAGCAGGCACCUUACAGAGAGCAAGGUCAAUGGGGAGCAGCCACUCCCCAUGGGACAUGGGGCGUGGGCCACAGCCUCCAACUCGGAGCUCACGCCCAGUGAGAGUCUGGCCACCAGCGACACUGAUGUUUCAGAGAAGAAUUGUAGGAGUAAAUUCAACCUGGGCAGAAAGCAGAAUGAGUCUAUGGAAAAAGAUGACCAGUCUACCCUUUCCAGCUACUUUGCUAGCAGUGACUUGGGAAACACUGUUAUCCACAUGGACAAAACCACGGCCCACACAAAACUGUACGAGCACUCCAAGCUGCAGGCCGAGAGUAACAGCAGUGGAGCUGAUGCCACUGCUGCUGCUCAUCAUGCUGCAGCACAGCUUCUGGAAGGUGCCAGUGACAACACAAAUGUCCACUGUCCUCAAAUAGACACGCAGCAACUGGACAGGCAGAUAAAGGGCAUCAUGACAGAGGUCAUACCUGUCCUCAAGGAGCACAUGGAUGAAGUUUGUUCCCCCCAGCUGCUGUCGUCCAUCAGACGCAUGGUACUGGAACUCACGCAGCAUGAUGACGAUAGCAAGGAGUUUGUUAGGUUCUUCCACCGCCAACUUGGAGGCAUUCUGCAGGACUCUCUGAGCCGAUUUGCUGGCAGGACCCUGAAGGAGUGUGGUGAGGACCUGCUGGUGGAGAUCUCUGAGAUCCUCUUCAACGAACUUGCCUUCUUCCGCCUCAUGCAAGACCUGGAUGCCGGAGGCGCAGGGCGGCAGAAGACCAAGAAGAAGGUGGCUGGGCCACGGGUGCCUAAAGUUGAGGGAAACCAGUGCUGGGAAGCUGAGAAGUCCCAGUCAUCUGCCUGUUACAAUGAAGAAGACAAACAUGUAGAGAACAUGGAGCAGGAGGAUGCAGCUGCCAACCUGCGGCAGGACAAGGGUACUGGAGUGAGAGGUGAGGGAAGUGCAGGUCCCUCGGACAAAGAAGAGGAGGAGGAUGAAGAAGAUGGCAGAGUACUACCGCUGUCAAUAAGCUUAUCAAAGGCAGAGACGCAGCCCCUGACUAACUAUGGCAGUGGUGAAGAUGAGGGAGAGGAAGAGGAGCUGGAGGAGUUUGAUGCAGGGCCUGUGGAUGUGCAGACAUCUCUUCAGGCCAGUCAGGACACGCCAUGUGUGGAGGAGCAGGGAAAAAAUGAAGUUCUGGACAGCAGCAGUAGAGAAGAAAAGGCUGAUCUGGAAACCACUGACUCCACCGAUGUGAAAAGCUCCAAGCCAGAGUCCACGAAGGUGGAGGACAUCAGUGGGACAGAGGCUGGCAAAGGGGACAUGGCGAGCUGCCCCGGGGGUAAUGAGAGCACCCAGGCGGAAUCGGGAGCGCUCUCUCCGCGGAGCUCGUCGGCCUGCAGCCCUGACACGGACUCUCCUGUCAUGAUUAAUGAACACGAGGUUGGAUCAGCUAAUUUGAGCCAGAAGUCAGAUGAAGAGGACUUUGUCAAAGUUGAAGACCUGCCACUACAGCUCUCUGUCAUGUGCAAGGAGGAGCUCCAGAAGAGGAUUGCUGAAGAGCAGCUCAACAACAACUUAUCAACAGAAAUCCUUAAUGGAAAUGUGGGAGAAGUUCUUGUUGGAAACUCGCAGACACUGAAAGAACCAGAAACGGUUGGCGCACAAAGUGCAUGAAAUCAGGCGCAUGGUUCUGAUGGCAACAUCCACGCUGGCACUACGACUCACCCAUCCAGUUAACAUCAUUGCCUAUAAAUGAUCAUCUCCUUGCUUUUAGAGAAGGUGCGUAGGACUUGGAGCACUAAGCAUAGGUUGUACUUGUUUUUAAUCAGUUUAAUUAGAAAGGCUGUCUGCAAACAGCUCUAGCUGUUCAGUUUGAUUUUCACUUUUAUCCACAAUUAAGGGGCUGUUUCCAGUGUAGCAUUAACACUAAGAUGUUUGUUAGCCCCCUCUUUUUUUUAUUGAGGAAAAAAAAAAAAAGCUGUUCUGUUCCCUCAUUUGUCCAUUAAUGCUGCUUUUUUACUGUCUGCCAUCUCUGUAAGGCAUGUUGUAAUUUUUAGGUGGACUGAAUUUGGUUUUUCCCUUUCUUGAAAUUAAAAUGUUUGACAGUUUUAAAA